AUGAGCGGCGAAACUCAGCUUGAGAUGUCGGUUGACCCCAUCAUACCUGACGAAGCUUCUAUUGACGACGAGCUCAGUGAUGUCGAGCUGGAAGAAGAUCGUUCCAGCAGUUUGAGUGAGAUUGAAGACAAAGAUGCCGAGCAAGAACACGAGGAUGAUGCUGAGGUCUCAGACGAGCUCAGUAACCCUUCUGAAGAUGAUGAUUCUGAAGCAGAGACAGAGCGACUGGAAGUAUCGCCGCAUAAGCUAAGAGUACAAAGGAAUGUGGUUCUUAAUUCCCAUAAUAGCACCGAUUCGCAGGAGCGCAGCCCAAGCAAACUACACAAUCAUAUCAUGGCACACGAGGCAGAAGAAGACGAAGAUGACGCCGAUCCAUUAUCCGACGACGACGUAUCCAUUGCCAACGAUAGCUCUAAAAGUUCUCGCCAUGACGAUGCGGAGAUGGAUCACAAUGCGGAGACAGCUGCUACCUCUUUGGAAGAUGCUAAGGGCGAAGGAAAGAGGGCAUUAUCGACGUCUGAAAUUGAUUCAAAAAAGCGCAAGCGAUCGAUAAUGGGCAGUGGCGGAAUCGACGAAGAUUUUGAUGAACCUUUGCCUAAGCGGACGGGGGCUAUCAUCGACCAAGGCGAUGACUAUGCAAUCGAGGAUGAUUUACCCGUAGAAGAAGAUGUAUCAAAUACAAUAAGCGGUAAUAUUUCAGGCGAAGAAGGCGACGGACCACAGGAGCAGGUACUCGCCGAUGCGACAGAAGCAAUACUUCCCGAUGACGAAAUUGCCGAAACCGCUAGCAUACCGACGUCACCCAAAAGGCGAGGACGGAAGAAGAAAAAGGCUCUGGAAAAUGGCACAAAUAUGGAGGACGAAUUAGAUGGUUUGCAGAACGGCAUGUUGAUCAAUGGCGAAGAUGGUACAAGGAAUGGUGAAGAGGACCAUGUAGAAAAUGAAGAAGAUGACGAGGCAGAUCUCAUAUCAAAGACGGAGGAAGAACUGGAGAAAAAGAUGAGCGCUUUUGAUCAGUUAGGUGGUAUUGAGAAGAAUUUCUCCGUCUUCAGAGACAGAUUGUAUGAUGAACGCCUCGAGCAGAUAAAUCGAGAGGAGGCUAUGCUCCGACAGGACAAUCCCACGCACCCGGAUCUUCUAGCGAUGAUGAACGCCGUGGAGGCACGGAGAAACGAGAGGAUUCGUGUCGCUGAGAAACUACGUGAAUAUGAGCUGCAGACUCUCAAAACCUAUGCUGUUGCGAGAAGGAGUCAGAUUCUGGUUCAAUAUCGACAAGAAGCGAGAGAGAUUCGGGAAAGCAAGAUGGAGCAACUAGGCAAACAAUGGUACGAGAUACAGCAUGAUAGAAGGAAUUACUCUACCGGAGUACCUGAGUACACUCUGAACUAUCCUACUCGGAGAUCGCAACAAGUCCAGAAUCAGGUAGCAUAUUCCAAUGAAGUUUCUAUUCUUUCGGGUAUCGCAAAACAUGUCGGAUUUCCAGCUGCUCCAUCCAUGGCCCAAGCAACACCUGCCGAGCUCGAAGAGGACUUCGAGAAGAUGGGACGGACUACACAUGUGCAUCAACAUGCAGCAUUACCUCUGCAGGAAUUAGCGGCCUUACGAACAGCAGGAUCGACAUCACGAUUCAGGCCAGCUGAAGAACAGUUCAUUGAACAAACACCCUGGGCAAAUCCGCAGCAUCCCUCCCACGUUCAUUUAAUACAGCGUCAAACAUCAGCCCAGCAUACCCCAAGAACCACGAGUCCAUUGUCUCAAAUUCAAGUACAACCCCGUCGACAUUCUCAUCAACAAGGCGGCCCUAUAUCUGGAACGUUUUCGAAUAUGUCGACAUCGGUCCUACAACAUUCUAAUGGAUACAUGAUGUCUGGUGGAAGAGUUUCCCCACACAAUCCAUUUUCCAACACUUCUCACUUACAUAAGAUCGUACCGUCGCCAUUGGGCAGUCGACAACCAUCGUUGUCGCCAAAGCAAACCAGACCUCCUCAUAUACCGUUACACAUUUCGAACGAGCAACAAAGCAAUCAGGCUUCACAGGUAGCCAGCAAUCAAACCCAUCAGACAUCACGCGCCGGACUUCACGAUGUGGUCCGAGAGAUGGCUCGUGAAUCCCCCCCUACAGAGAUUGCGUCCAAACGGGAAUUGGUUGGUCGCUCUUGA